UUAUUCAAAAGUCGUUUACAAUACGUGCACGUUAUUUAACCAUGCUUGACAACUCUGUUUAAUUGUUUAGCAGCCGAAUAUUUAAUCCAAACUAUUGCUUUUCAAGUACGAGAGAUUGAUCUCGAGACCUAAAGAGUUUGCUGUUUUUCGUGGUUCGUCGUGGCUCUUCGUCGCUUCUCUUUCAUUCUAAUAUGAUUGCAAUUCUCAUAUGGAGUUUAUUACAUGUUGCGUUGGCUCUUAAAGACACACAAACAAAUAUUAUUCAAGGUUUAUGCGAAUGGACAGUUAGCUCCGAUGGAGCACGAACAGCUAGUGUCCACGUUGUUCGUGUUUAUGGCUGUGCUCAUGGCCGUGUGACCUGGGAACGACCUCAUGGGGGACUGGAAAUAACAUUUAAGAGUGUUGUCCCAGUAAAGACGCGAGGAAAGUACAAAGUUUGUGUCACUACAUCAAAGAAGAAUUUUAAUAUUUUCUCACGAAGUAAAGACAAAUUGCAACUGUUAGAGGGAGAAACGAAUAAAACGACUUUGGAGCGUUGUGUGAGCUCUCACGGCAGAAUAAAUACACUCUACACGGAGGCUCCAGAGAGUGGAGAUUCACAGAGCGUUGUUUUUCAAUAUCGUACGACAUUUCUUGGUGUUGGACACGGAGCACUCAAACAGAGGGAAUGUAGGUUAUGUUCUAAGAAAGAGCUAAUUAGAAGUUUCUGUGAAGAUGACUUUGCUGUUCACGGUCAUGUCAAGUUGGUUUACCCAAUAGGCGGUAGUGAAGAUAGAGGCGAAGCGUUGGUUGUAGCGGACAAAGUAUUUCAUCAAACAGCGAAUAUUUUUCAACAUUCCACGAACGCUGACGAAAUUCAAGGAUACGUAAACUUUCCUUUGUAUUGUCGAUGGAAGAAAGUAGUUUCAGGUGGUUUCCUUUUCACAGGUUUAAUCGAUGGGAAACUUGGAGCCGUUGUAAAAUGUCGUGUUAAGUCUGCGCUUUUGAAAAAUUUUAAUCACAGGACAAUUUGCAAUGACAGUACAACAACUUGAAGACAUUGCCACAGAAAACAUACUAAACUUUUAUUGAAGACGUAGUUUGUUAUCAGAUUUUUUCUCCUUGCGAGGAGAGGAAGGUUUAAAUCACUUUAAGUUUGAACUUGUGUUGAGUGGAGACAUAGACAGCCUUGACGUUGACAUUCUUGCAGGGGUGGGUGGAUGUCUCUACCUGUGGGAGACAUGAAAAACACUCUGAACAUUUGUUGUAAUGUGGACGUUGACAGUCUUGCAGGGGGGUGGCUGUAAAUAGGGAGACAUGAAAACCACUUUGAACUUGUGUUGAGUGGAGACAUAGACAGCUUUGACGUUGAGAGUCUUGCAGGGGGGGUUGGCUCUACCUGUGGGAGACAUGAAAACCACUCUGAACAUUUGUUGUGAGGUGGACGUUGACAGCCUUGCUGGGGGUGGGUGGGUGGCUCUAAAUGGGAGAGACAUAAAAACCACUUUGAACAUGUGUUGAGUGUGGAUGUUGAUAGUCUUGCUGGGGGGGGACUCUAAAUGCCACUUUGAGUUUAUGUUAAGUGUGGACAUAAACUGCCUUGCAGGGGGGUGAUAGGCUCAAGUCAGGGGAGACGUGUUUAAACUAUUACGAGGAAUAUAAAUAGUGUAGAAACAACUAAUAUAAGUGUAGUUAUGAUAACUUGUGCUGUGAUUAUUGUAAUCUCAUUUGACUUAUUUAAUCUUGGUUUAGUUAGGAUAUAUAAACUCACAUUUAAUUAAUAAUGUAUCGAGAAAUCAUUUCUUCAUAUUAUUGUAAAUAAUUAUGAUAAUUUAUUCAUAAUAAUUAUUUCCCUUCUCACUCCAUCA